AUGGUCACCUCGAUCCUCAAGUCCGCUCUCGCGGCAGCCUCUAUCAUAUCAUUCGCAUCUGGACAGAUAUUAAGCAUGCCGACACCAACGUACACGGGCCUCGCGAACACGCCAACGCAGGUAGGCUGCUUCUCGCGGUCCGAGCCUCUGGUGGACCAGGGGACCCACCAGUAUCAGACCGACGGCAUAUGUCAGCGGAUGUGUCUCCAGCUCAGCAAGCCAGUUAUGGCUAUGGUGGAUGGGAGUAACUGCUGGUGUGGAGAUUUAAAACCACCUAGAGACAGCGAAGUGGACGUAAACGAAUGCAACACGCCGUGUAACGGAUUUGGCGCUCUCCCUUGCGGUGGGCCUAGCAAGUGGAUCGUAUAUCUCACUGGCAUCACGAAGAACCAGAUCGAGCAUUACGAGCCAGAGGCCUCCUCAGCAGUGGUCGCGUCUACGGCAGCGCCUCAAACAGCUUCGACCCCCGCCGUGACACUUGGUGGUCCAACGGUAGUCGUGACCGUACCGGGCUCAGAACCUACCCAAACCGGGUCGAAAUCUGAAUCCAGCGGCCCCAACACCGCCGGCAUCGCCGCAGGCGUCGUUGUCGGUGUAGUCGUAAUCGCUGCGAUCGUGGGCGGUGUCUACUUCUUCCUCCGCCAACGGAAACGGAAGGCAGUGGAAGAGGAGUACAAGCGUAACGCUGCGGCCAACGAAUUCAUUGGCGGCAAGCCUCCCGGCACCAGUCACUCCUCACUCAACGACGCGCGCCUUGAUCCAGAAGCGAUGAUGCACAGGCGGCAGAGCGAUGGCAGUAUUGCGGACAACCAAGACUAUUCUCGAAGAAUCCUGAGGGUCGCAAACCCAGACCGUGGCUAUUAG